UGAUGCGCAGGUGAUCGACACACUGCAACUUUCUUGUGAAGUGUGAGGCAGGCAUCCGGUGCUCCCGCCAUGCAGAGCUGCACGAGAUCCUGGGGGCUGCUGUGCCGCUCGGUGAAGCUUGGCUGCCACAGGAGAGCCGCCUGGCACCUCAUCCAAGGGGCAUCCAGGAGCAGCAGUAGCCGGGUGCCAGCGGCGUCCUCCCGGAGGCAGAUCGAGCUGCUCUUCCCCAGGCACGAUGACUUCUCCGAGAGGCACAUCGGACCUGGAGACAAGGAGAAGAGGGAGAUGCUCCAAGCUCUGGGGCUAGAGAGCAUUGAUGAGCUGAUUGAUCAGACAGUCCCCGCAAGCAUUCGACUGUUAAGACCCUUGAAAAUGGAUGACCAAGUCUGUGAAAAUGAAAUUCUUGAAACUAUACAUGACAUUGCAUCAAAAAACAAGAUUUGGAGGUCCUACAUUGGCAUGGGGUACUAUAACUGUUCAGCGCCCCAAGCCAUUUUGAGAAAUUUGCUGGAAAAUUCAGGCUGGGUAACACAGUAUACUCCAUAUCAACCAGAAGUGUCCCAGGGCAGACUUGAGAGCUUACUGAAUUAUCAGACCAUGGUGUGUGAUAUCACUGGGAUGGAUGUGGCCAAUGCAUCCUUAUUGGAUGAAGGAACGGCUGCAGCUGAAGCAAUGCAGUUGUGUCACAGGCAAAACAAGAGAAGGAAGUUCUAUGUGGACAGCAGAUGCCAUCCUCAGACCAUCGCUGUGGUGCAGACAAGAGCCAAUUAUAUUGGUGUUACUACACAGCUUCUGUUGCCCCAAGAGAUGGAUUUCAGUGGAAAAGAUGUCAGUGGUGUCUUGUAUCAGUAUCCAGACACUGAUGGAAAAAUAGAAGAUUUCACCCUGCUGGUUGACAGAGCUCACCAAAAUGGGACCCUAGCGUGCUGUGCUACUGACCUCUUGGCACUGUGUAUCUUAAGGCCACCUGGUGAGUUUGGAGUAGACAUCGCUCUUGGCAGUUCUCAGCGAUUUGGAGUACCAUUGUACUAUGGGGGACCACAUGCAGCCUUCUUUGCAGUGAAGGAGAACCUGGUCCGGAUGAUGCCUGGCAGAAUGGUUGGUGUGACUAGAGAUGCAACUGGGAAGGAAGUAUACCGCCUUGCUUUACAAACUAGAGAACAGCAUAUCAGAAGGGAUAAAGCCACAAGCAACAUAUGUACUGCACAGGCUCUGCUGGCAAAUAUGGCUGCAAUGUUCGGUGUAUACCAUGGUCCAAAUGGGCUCAAGCAUAUUGCACGUAGAGUUCACAAUGCCACCCUAAUACUUGCAGAAGGUCUAAAGCGAGCAGGACAUCAGCUACACAGUGAGCUCUUCUUUGAUACAGUGAAGAUUCAUUGUGGCUGUCCAGUGAAAGAGGUUCAAGAUCGAGCGGCACAGCGACAAAUAAACCUUCGUGUGUACAGUGACGAUUCACUUGGAGUAUCUCUUGAUGAAACUGUAAAGGAGAAAGAUCUGGAUGACCUUUUGUGGGUGUUUGGCUGUGAAUCCUCAGCAGAACUAGUUGCUGAAGGCAUGGGAGAGGAGAACAAGGGUAUUUUGGCCACUGCCUUUAAAAGGACAAGUAGAUUCCUUAUGCAUCCAGUAUUUAAUAGCUACCAUUCGGAAACUAAUCUUGUGCGCUACAUGAAGCGUUUGGAAAAUAAGGAUAUUUCUCUUGUACAUAGUAUGAUUCCUCUGGGGUCCUGCACAAUGAAACUUAACAGUUCCUCUGAGCUUACACCAAUUACGUGGCCUGAAUUUGCCAACCUUCAUCCAUUUGUGCCUCUGGACCAGGCACAGGGAUAUCAGCAGCUGUUUAAGGAGCUUGAGAAGGACUUGUGCGAUAUAACCGGAUAUGACAAAAUCUCAUUUCAGCCAAACAGCGGCGCACAGGGUGAAUAUGCUGGGUUGGCUGCGAUCAAGGCUUAUUUGAAUGCAAAGGGUGAACCGCAUCGAACAGUUUGUCUCAUCCCAAAAUCUGCUCAUGGAACCAAUCCAGCAAGUGCUCAGAUGGCAGGAAUGAAAAUACAGCCAGUAGAAGUAGACAAAGAUGGCAGCAUUGAUCUAGUACAUCUGAAAGCUAUGGUAGACAAACAUAAGGACUAUUUGGCUGCCAUAAUGAUCACCUAUCCUUCUACCAAUGGAGUUUUUGAGGAAGACAUAAGUGAUGUAUGUGACUUGGUACACAAACAUGGUGGUCAGGUAUAUUUGGAUGGAGCGAACAUGAAUGCUCAGGUUGGGCUGUGCCGACCUGGAGACUAUGGUUCUGAUGUGUCACACUUGAACCUUCACAAGACAUUCUGUAUACCCCAUGGUGGUGGGGGUCCUGGAAUGGGACCUAUAGGAGUAAAAAAGCAUCUUGCGCCAUAUUUGCCCAGUCAUCCAGUAAUACCCUUGCAGCAGGGCAAUGAUGCUCGACCAUUGGGCACAAUAAGUGCUGCCCCAUGGGGCUCAAGUGCAAUUUUGCCCAUUUCAUGGGCCUACAUCAAGAUGAUGGGUGCAAAAGGACUUAAGCAUGCAACAGAAAUUGCCAUAUUAAAUGCAAAUUACAUGUCAAAAAGGCUGGAAAAACACUACAAAAUCUUAUUCCGAGGAUCUAGAGGACGUGUGGCUCACGAAUUCAUUCUUGAUGUAAGACCAUUUAAGAAAUCUGCUAACAUAGAAGCUGUAGAUAUCGCAAAAAGACUGCAAGACUAUGGUUUCCAUGCUCCAACCAUGUCUUGGCCUGUGGCUGGCACUCUUAUGAUUGAGCCAACAGAGUCUGAAGACAAAGCGGAGAUGGACCGCUUCUGUGAUGCCAUGAUAAAUAUACGACAGGAAAUCGCUGAUAUUGAAGAGGGUAGAAUGGAUUCCAAAAUGAAUCCUCUGAAGAUGUCGCCCCACACACUAACUUCCAUUGCAGCGUCUAACUGGGACCGCCCAUACUCGCGGGAGGUGGCUGCAUUCCCCUUGCCAUUUGUCAAACCAGAGAGUAAAUUCUGGCCUACAAUUGCUCGUAUUGAUGACAUCUAUGGCGACCAACAUUUGAUGUGCACUUGUCCUCCCAUGGAGACGUAUGAAUCGCCUUUCAGUGAACAGAAAAGGGCUUCUUCAUAGUGUUACAGACUCUCCCUUUGUGACCACCAAUACCAGACUGUCAUUCACCCCUGCCAAUGGCAGCUGUUUCUCCCACCUUUCAGAGGGGGAACGUGGUGUAUAAAUAUUUUAAUACUGAUGUCUUCAUACUGUUGAAUGAUUAUCCACUCAGCAACCCUGUGGAAAAAACAUCACUGUUGCUUAAAUAAUGUGCAUUUGUGUCUUUUUUUUAUUUUUAUUUUUUUUGGACUUGUCAGCCGGAGCAGUGUUCUGUUCUUGAGUUUUCAAAUUUGUAGCACAAUCUGCUAUUCGGUAAAGGAAUUUAGAAUAUUUUUAUUUUGCCCUGCCACUACAAACUUCAAUAACUGCGCAUUAUUUAAUCAAGGAUUUCAUUGUAAACUUUUAUUUGUGAGGAUGGCAACAUGUUGACCUCCCUU